AAAUGUGCUGAGGCAGGUUGUAGGGGAUUGGCGAGUUUUGGUUAGUGUCAUACUGGACAUGCCAAGCAUCAAACCUUUCAGACCACUGGGCUUCCUGUCAUCAUUAAUGACCACUCGCAGAGUUCGCCUUGGUGUUCGGUGUGUAUGGGAUUAAACUCUCUCUGGACGUAGUGCCUCCUUUCCAGGCUGGACUUCUGAUACAUAACCAGAGAAGAGACAACACCAACCUCCUCUGCUACACUUCCACUUGUCUACAAAUAUAUUUUUGGACGCAGUUAUAGCACAGAGGAUGUUCUCAUUAUUCAAAACCAUUUCCAAUCUUGCUUUGUUCAGGGAAAGCUUAUCUCUCUCCAAAUGAGAUCGACGUUUGCAUACUACGUUCUUUAGACGUAGACGUGAUAAACGUUAUCAGUGACGUCACAUAACGUUUAAAGAACUUUUCAUUACCACUUCAUUGUCACAUCAGAUCCUUGAUUGAGCUUAAUUCCAGUCGGAGAACACAGGUAGGCUGCCUUUCCUUCCCUUGUGCCACCGGAGUUAUUUUAUACCUGACGACAGACGUUUUCAGAAUAAAGUUCCGGACGUUGAAUUCCAACGAUUGAUUCCUGUACAAAAGGAGGGAAGGAGGGAGAGAGAGUGAGAGAGAAUUUUUCAGAGUGCAAGAGAAUUCAUGGUCGCAAAAACGGCUCAACGUUCUUCAAGUGCAGGAACAGCCGGAGGAUCCACGAUUGUGCUUGGACGAGGCAGGGCAGUGAAAGAUCACGUUGUUAUCGUGUCUGCGAACUAGCGCCAUCUGCAGGUGACCAUGGUAUUCAUUCUCCUCGACCUUAAAGCUUGCAAACUGCUGGAUGCUUGACAAGGGCCUCCUUGACCUGUGGGAAUCGUGUCCUGACGAGCCGCCUGACGAGGGCUUCAGCUGCUUUUGGGCCGCGAGGACUGAGAGAGCGGCAGCCAUGUAUGCGAAUUCGGUCGGCGACGUGACGAUCCUGGCUUUGAUGGUGACCUGCUACAUGUUCUUUGGCCUGCUGGGCAACAUCCUGGUCAUCUACGUCUACCUGCGAGCGUCGGGGGUUCUGCCCUUCAGCAACUUUGUGGUGUGUCAGGCCGUGCUGCACUGCCUGGUGCUCGCCAUAGUAGCGCCGUACAGCGUGGCCUACGAGUACCAUGCCGUCACGCUCAGCGGCACGUGCAUGUCCUUCGAGUUCUUGCGCCACAGUCUGGUGCUCAUCGCCAGCAUGUUCAUGUGCGCCACGGCCUUACACUGCUAUCACUCCCUUCAACGUACAGUGGCUCCAGGUGAACCUGCGCAGUUCCGCCAAGCGCUGAUGACGACCAUCGUGCUGGGGGUAAUCCUGUCUGCCCCCUCCCCAACCCUGUUCACGUCCGCCAACUUCGACGGCCUGGCGGAGGCGGAGGUGGAUCUGGCGUCGUCCCUCAUCAACAGCUACGAGUACUCCACCUACGGACCCUCCUACUGCCGCUUUACAGUCGCCGUGCUGGGCCUGGCCUGGGCCAUUGUGUAUGAGGGCGCCCUCUUCCUCACCUUCGUCAUCACCUUCAGCGUUGCUCUGGUCCUCUACACCCUCUCUAUUCUCAAGCUACGGCGCGACCUGCAGCACGGCGAGAACUCCGCGCAAGCUCCGUUCAUCAGUGGACUGGACGGACGCGUGCUGGAGGCUUCGCACGUGCACAGCGCCUGCGUCAUGCUGACCAUGGCCACCGGCCUGACCUUCCUGCUGUGGUUGCCGGUGUGGCUAUGCAUCUUCGGCCGCCUGAACCUUCUGGCCCUCAGGUACUGCUUCCUCUUCUCCUCCAUGCUCUUCCCCUUCGUCUACGCCAUCUUCAACAAGCAGUUCCGCAAGGAGGUGUCGCGGCACGUGCCUUUCUUCCAGUGGUGCUGCAUGGUUGGCAGCGUGGACAGCGACGUGGGGACCAGAAGGGAGGAGUCCGCGGAUUAUAAGCAAUAUCUGCAAGAGAUGGCGGCCCGAAACAAAGAGACGGAGGAGAGAUUAUGUCGCGAGAGAGGGACGAGGAAACGCAGAGGAUGCAGGUACAUCGGCUUCUACAGCUGCAGGAAAAGCAGCGUUUGAAUCAACUAGCCGAGAUCGAGAGGAAGGAGAAAGCGAGGCUCCUGCAGGAGCAGCAAGAAGAAAAAACAAUGGAAAAUGCAACGAGGUUAAAGCUGGAGGUAGAUUUGCUGAUAGAAGAUAGGGAGAAAGCAAGCAGCG